AUGACUGAAUACUACGAGGAGGGGGGGUUGCUGUAUGAGCACUCGCCUCCCAUGCACAUCAAAGUGGAGUCUCCAGAGGGGCCCUUUGGAUGCGGGGUUUCAGAGGACGGUUUCCCCAGGGAAGAUGAAGACUCAGAGGGGAGUUGUGACCACGAGAAUGGUGGGUUGCCAAGCAGCCUGCCUUUUAACGUUGUAGUUGUGCAUCCUAACAUAGUCGCACCUGGAAUGUCUUCGGAUGAACUCAUCCCAAUCGAACAAAGAUUUUAUGUAUAUGUUAUUACUGUUUCAGUUGUAGUUGGAGAUAGCUCUGAAAGAGAUGGUUUCGAAAAAGAGGAUGAAGCUGGUGAGCAAGAGGGUGAAGAUGGAGAUGAUUGUGAGGGUGUGGAGAACAGCAUGGAGGAUAAACUGGGUUUGGGCUUGGGUCUGGGAAUAGUACCACCUCCAACAUCAGAACGCUGGCUACCUCCUUCACCACUAUACAGUGCCCCGUUCCUCAACGGGACUCCUCAGCCAAGCCCAGAACCAUCUUUAGGAACCCACCAGGGUCUGCUGGAGCCCCCUCCACCACGCACUUCCUGGCUAGAAGAUGAACUUCGUGGACUGGGAGAAGCAGCCAUGCAGCUUGGAGAUCGCAUGGAGCAGAACCUGUGUGAGUUUGGAGAAGGCUUUAGACGUGAUAUUCGGACGCUUGUGGCUUCGCAAGAGGCUCUUACAAAUAGCUUGCAGCAGAAUAAUGUACUUUUGCAACGUCUGUUGGGUCUACUUGAGAUGCAGCAUCAGCCGCCUCAGCAACAAAUUCCACAACAGCAACUACAGCAACAGCAACAACAAUUACAGCAACCUGCACAGCAUCAACAGCAACAGGAACCUCCACAACAGCAGCCUUAUGAACAACUGUUAUUGCCACAGGAGCAGCCACAGCUAGAGCAGCAAAUUCCAGCAACUGUUCCACCUCUACCACCACCUCCAGAUAUUUUAGAUGGUACUCGGCACACUGAACCACCGAAUGACAUGAAUGGAGUAACUCAACAGCCACGCCGUGGAAGAACAGUAGACCUCAGACGAAAACGCAGACGUUGAUAUUGCCGUGAGAUGUGGACAAUUUAACUGUAUUCAGUUACAGUAAAUUUAUUUAUUUAAGCAAUGUUUUAUAAGGUUAACCAGUCGCAGAUUGUGCCAUGUCAUAUUGCAGCCACCCUUUGUUAUGCCUGUCGCAGAUAUAUAAUAAAUUGUAUAAUAAGUACACCAAAAAGCUCAAAGCUAUAUCUAAAUUGACUUCUGCACUCUUGUUGCUGUUAGUAAAUUACUGACAUUUUAUGGAUCUGCUUGCUUAAGUUCAUAUAUAAUAAUUGCAAGUUUAGAAAAAAAAUCCUCUAGGCAGGCUUAAAAACUCUUCAGUAUUCAUACUGUGGCAAGAUAAACAUUCAUUUUUAUUUUUUAAUUGAGGCACUGGAUAUCAGUGCAAAAUGACAUUUUACUUUUGCUACUAUCACUGUUUAAGAAAAUACAUCCAAAUGCUGUUUAAGGGACAUUAUAUUGCAUAGAAUCUCUCCAGUUCCAUGGAAAUAAAUGCAGUUAUCAGAAUUGCUGACUAAUGUAGAGAUCUAAGGUCGCCCGGUCACUCUGCAUGCAAUGCAAUAUACUAUUUUGCAAACUUUUCACCAUGUUAACAAAAAUCACUUGUACUUGGAAAAAAUGUCUGCCUAUGAGCAAGUUUUAAU